AUGGCCAAAAAGAUCAAUUGGAACGAGGUAGGCCCUGUUGGUGGAACUCCACUCUUGUCGCCUGCGUUUGUCACGUCGCGGGCCGGGGAGCUGGUGUUCACAUCCGGCUGCGUGGGCUCGGACCCCAAGACCGAUAAGAUGCCCGAGGACCUGGAGCAACAGGUGCGCAACGCACUCGAGAACUUGCAGAACGUGUUGAAGGCCAGCGGAUCGUCGCUGGAGCAUGUGAUCAAGGUCCUUCUAUUCGUUGCAGACCCCUCGUACGCUGCGGUCGUCAACCGCGUGUACCAACAGUACCUGCCCAACGCGCCAGCUCGUAGCUGCGUCGUGGUGAGCUUCCCGAACCCGGCCAUCAAGGUGGAACUGGAAUGUGUGGCACAAGUGCCCGCCCGCCGCCGCGGAUGGUUCUGCCGGCUAUAA